AUGGCGCCUCCUCCUCUCGACUUAUCCCAUCAUUAUGCAUCCACCACCAAACGACGCGAGGGGAGCGGCAUCAAAGACCUAUAUAAGUACUUCUUCAUCCCGGGUAUUGCGAACCUGGCUGGUGGCUUACCAAAUCCCUCGUACUUCCCAUACGAUACCCUCGAGGCAACUGUCGCCACACCCCAGCGUUUCCAACCUUUCAGUAAUGGCACAACCGAGAAAUCUCAAGAUGACGCUAAGUCAUCGAUGCGUUUGAUCGUUCCCAAAGAGAGCCACGCGACUGAUGUACAGAAUAGAAUCGACGUCGCCACUGCCUUGCAGUAUGUCACAGCUGAAGGUCUCCCUCCUAUGGCCUCAUUCGUUCGCCAAUUCGCUCGUCACCAUCUUCAUCCCAACGUUCCAUAUGCUGGAGGCCCCGAAACCAUCCUCACCACCGGAGCGACCGAUGGCUUCUCAAAAUCAAUCGAAGUAUUCACGAAUGUCUGGAACCCAGAGAGAGACCGGACCAGUCAGCGCGAGGGCAUUCUUUGUGAGGAAUUUGUCUAUAUGAAUGCUGUUGCAACCGUCAAGCCCAGAGGUCUCAACGUCGUACCGGUCGUCAUCGAUGCACAGGGAAUGUUGGCACGCGGUAAAGGAGGAUUGGCCGAUAUUCUCAAAAACUGGGAUUUCCGAAGAGGCCGUCGCCCACAUUUAAUGUACACCAUCACGAUUGGCCAGAAUCCCACGGGCGGCACCCUAUCCGUCGAGCGUAAAAAAGAAAUAUACGCACUCUGUCACCUAUACGAUAUCAUCAUAAUCGAGGACGAGCCUUACUGGAAUUUGCAAUACCCAUCGGCGGUCGCUUUAGAAGCCCAGCAUCGAGGCAUGCCCAUAGAGACAGCUUCGGUAAAGCGCAAUUACAAUGCACAUGGGAAGCCCUCCGGGUAUGAAUUCCUGGACUCGUUGGUUCCAUCUUAUUUGUCCUUGGACACGGAUGGGCGUGUUGUGCGUCUUGACACUUUCUCCAAGACCAUCGCCCCUGGUUGUCGCUUGGGCUGGGUAACCGCACAACCGGCCGUGAUCGAGAGGUUGGCUCGGGUCACCGAAACCGCAACGCAAGCACCUUCGGGCUUUGUUCAAGCCCUGGUAGCCAAACUGAUUCUGGGUCAACAGACAGAUAAAAAGUCUACCAACUCGAGCAAGAGCGAUCGUAGCUGGCAAAUGGAUGGCUGGGUCCGUUGGCUGGAGGGUUUGCGUGGUGGAUAUGAACGACGCAUGCAAGACAUGUGCAGCACUCUAGAGGAGGGUAGAUACUUUAUUGCCACGGACGCCGCCCUUGAAUCGAGCGAGGAAAGCUGGGAAGUCGUAGAUAAAGUACAGAUGUACGACUUUUCUUGGCCCACCGGCGGUAUGUUCGUCUGGAUUAAGCUCCGUCUCGACACCCAUCCCUUGCAUGGAAGAUACGAUCCAGCCAGGCUUUCCAAGGCAUUGUGGGUACAUUUGACGCAGAAACCGUACCUCUGUCUUCUAGGCCCUGGAGAAUUAUUUGCUCCCUCGCAGGAGACCUUGGAUCGUUCUUGGCAGUAUUACCGACUAUGCUUUGCGGCUAUGCCUGAAGCUGACGUGAAGGGCAUCACGGCGAGAUUGGUGGAUGGGUUCCGGGCGUUCUGGAAGCGGACAGAUUUAGAUGGUCUCGAGGGAGACGAAUCUACACUGCACCACACCCAAUGUCCAAAAAUGUCGGCCCAACUCGAGUCCCUCGGCAACAAUGAAUUGGCCGAAGAAAUAGAAGCGAUCAAUGCCAUUUACGAGCCCGAUACCGUUACGAUCAACAGCACUGCGGCUUCGUCGUCCACAGCUAACUCUACGCUUGAUUUGGGCAAUUCUAGUUCAACGGGUCCGUUGGUCGCGACAGUGAAGCUACAAAUUCCCGAACAUCCGCAUCUAUCGUUUAUACUUGGGUUCGAUGCCUCGUACCCCGACACAGCGCCCAAGGUUCUCGGGACCGCAUCUACGGCGUCGCGCGGGGAGGGUAAAGUUGCUGUCGAUGUUUUGGAGGAUAUACUAGGGAGAACGUACCAGCCUGGCGCUGUUUGCUUGUUUGAUGUGAUUAAUGAGGCGGUGGAGGCUUUCCGGGAGCUGAAUCUCGGGGGAAGCAACAAUAGCAACGCGAAUGACAAAGAACAGGAGGAAGAGACGGACACGCCGGACCUCAAGGUUGAGGAUAUUGCCAGCUUGUCGUUGAAGGAGUCUUUUGGACUGGACAAUCCACCCGACUGGAUAUUGUCGGAUGUGGUGACGGAGAAAAAGUCUGUCUUUGUUGGGCGCGCAGCGCAUGUCACUAGUCUUGAGCAGGCUCAGGCUUAUUUGGAUUAUCUCCUGGCGACAGAGAAGAAGGUGGCAGCUGCGACGCAUAAUAUAAGCGCUUGGCGCAUUAGGCAACAAAAACCAUCGAGUGCAAAGGGCGAGUCUGCGGAGAUGAUUGUACAGGAUUGCGAUGAUGAUGGGGAGACAGCUGCCGGGGGCCGAUUACUUCAUCUCAUGCAGCUGAUGGACGUAUGGGAUGUGGUCGUGGUGGUCACACGAUGGUAUGGCGGAGUCUUACUGGGCCCCGAUCGGUUUCGCAUUAUCAAUGCUGUCGGUCGCGAUGCGCUGAUGAAGGGUGGGUUCGUCAAGGAGUCGACCCCUGCAGGUAACGAGAAGGGGAAGAAGAAAGGAAAGAAAUGA